UCCAAAGAAGCAACAACCUUUAGCUGCUGAAGCUAGCUGGCUACCGACCAAGAUGGAGAACCACGGCGACUCUCUUAAUCUCACCGCGAGUAUCUCGCUUUUGAAAAGGAGGACGUGACAAACGGAAUCGGCGAAAUUAUCUGAAAAGUUUCCAUUUGUGGCCCAAAACGGAGGAGGUGAAAGGGGAGCUGACAGGCGGAAGGCUCGGUAAAUAACGCCGACCUUAUAGCUCCGAGCAGCCGGUGUUUACAGGGAAACCGCAUCCCCUGCUGGCUUCACUGGUGGACAGGCCACAGCUGAGUGUUUGUGGGACUUUGACACGGACCAGCAAUGUUGCACUGACGUCCUUUUUUACGGGGGUUGGCGUCGUGUGACUCGGAAUGAGUCCUAACCUACUUCCAAUGGCUGGGACUCAAUCGGAGGUUUGGUUUGACAAGAAGUUAAAAAAUAGUUACUUUUGGGUAUGAAUUUUGGACAGCACGGGGUCGGCUUUUGCCAGACUAUUUCUAAGCCUUCCUGUAGUUUCUGCUUUUCCUGUUGAAGAUGGAGACGGGGGUGAUGUCUCACCAGGGCGAGCUGUUCGUCCACCCGCUCUCCAACCCCGGAGCUGCGGGGAUCUGCCCCGAAAUGCUGGAGGUGGCAGAGGAGGCCAGCCGGGCUGGAGACUUUAACCUGGCCGUGGAGAUCUACAGCUCCCAGCUCGCAGACCUCCAGCAGCCGGACAGGGGUUUAUGCCUGAGGAAAGCCGACACUCUGGCCCGAGCAGGGCGGGUAUCUGAGGCUCUGGACUCGUAUUGCACCGCGGCCAGUUUGGGCAAACUGCGCCCGGAAGAGCUGAGCCUCCUGGUGGAAACCAUCGCCCGGACCCUCCGUGAGAAAGAUCUCCCCGGGACACUAAACGGACAUGGUAAAAGCAGCAGCGGGGACGACGGAGUUGACAGUGAUGGUGACUGUGGAGACGAUGAAGCGCUGGACUUGUUUUCAUGUCACCUCUGCAAGUGUCUGCUCCACGAGCCCACAACAGUGGAGUGUGGACACACUUUCUGCAAACGCUGCUUAGAGGACGACUCUGUCAAAGAGUGCAUACACUGCAAACACAAGUUAAACAGAAAAGAUGGCCGGAGAUUAGACGUUGUUCUCAGUGGCCUGCUCGAUAAACUGUUUGCAACUGAAAGCAAAGCUAGGAAAUUCUGGAUCGAAGGUGAAGUUUUGUGGAAAGACCAGAACCUCUCGGAUGCCUUGGGGAAGUACAAUGCAGCACUGGAUCUAGCGCCCUCUUCAGGCAGACUGCUGUGCCAGCGUGCUAAGUUGCACAUUGAGAUGAGGAACUUCAGUCAGGCCAUGCAGGAUGCCAACUCUCUCUGUCGGAUAAAACCUCUCUGGCCAAAGGCUCACUGUCUUAAAGCCACAGCGCUGACUGAAGCAGGCCGGAAAGACGAGGCCUUGCAGGAAUACUUUAUGUGUGUGGCUCUAAAGCCUGACUGGACCAAAGUCAAACUGGAGGCUCAGAAGGUUCUUAGCGAGGUGUUCUCGUCUGUUUUUGAGAAUGAGGACAUGCCAACGCCGCUGCACCCGCUGCAGGGGGGGAUGGCCACCCGACUCAUCAAACCGCCUGUCUUGCUCAGAUCCCUGAGGCCGCUCACACAGAAACCUGGCUCCUCGUCACAGGACUCAGAGUUCAGUGUGACUAAAAGCGCUCCACUGGACGACACCAGACUCUCCUCUCCAUCUCCCGGUAAAUCGGAGCGCUCCGCGGGUGAGAGCAGCACAAAGAGCCUAGCUGACGUUCUGGCCGCAUUGCCGCCACCGCCUGGUGUCCUCAAGAGGAAACACAGCGGAGACGGACCCUCGGCAAUCUUCAACACGCCCUCCAAACUGCUCAAACCUGACGAGGCAAGCAGCGUUCAGACAGCGGCGGUGAAUGGAGCGAGGACGUUUCCUGCUGAGCUGUUGGACAGUGGAGACAUGGAGUGUUCGCUCUGCAUGAGAUUGUUCUACGAGCCGGUGGCCACUCCCUGCGGACACACCUUCUGCCUCAAGUGUCUGGAGCGCUGCAUGGACCACAACCCCAACUGCCCUCUGUGCAAAGAGAAUCUGUCUGAGUUUCUGGCCUCCAGGGGCUACAACAAGACCCUGCUGAUGGAGGAAGUGCUGCAGCGUUACCUUGGAGAUGAGCUGGCUGAGAGGAAGAAAAUCCAUGAAGAGGAGAUGAAGGAGCUGUCAAACUUGAACCAGGAAGUUCCCAUCUUUGUGUGCACCAUGGCCUUCCCCACCAUCCCCUGCCCGCUGCACGUGUUUGAGCCACGCUACCGCCUCAUGAUCCGCCGCUCCAUGGAGACGGGCACCAAGCAGUUCGGCAUGUGUAUAGCUGACGAGCUCAAAGGCUUUGCCGACUACGGCUGCUUGCUGGAGGUGCGAGAUGUGAAGUUCUUUCCCGACGGUCGCUCGGUGGUCGACACCAUUGGCGUGUCCCGGUUCAAGGUCCUCAGCCACGGCCAGAGAGACGGCUACAACACUGCCAAGAUAGAAUACCUGGAAGACAAGAAGGUGGAGGGGGAGGAGCUGGUGGAGCUACUGAAACUGCACGACUCUGUGUACGAGCAGGCCAACAACUGGUUCACCUCUCUGAAAGACAACAUGAAGAGCCAGAUCCUCAGCCACUUCGGACACCUUCCCAGCAAAGACCCCAACCCACAGGCCAGUCCCAGCGGUCCGGCCUGGUGCUGGUGGUUGCUCGCUGUCCUCCCGCUGGAGAAUCGAGCCCAGCUCACCAUCCUGGCUAUGACCUCGCUGAAGGACCGCCUCAAUGCCAUCCGUAGGGUCCUUAUCUUUGUCACACGCAAGAGGCCGCGGUGAUCCCCCGACUGCUACAGGGGGAGGGAUUUGGGGACAGCCCAGAACCGCUCGGGCUUCUAUGCAGUUCAGAAAUUUCUUCAUUCAUUUGUUCCGUCAUUCAUUGGUUAAUUAGGUCACUCGCUGACUGAUUAAUCCACUCAUCUGUGCGUUUGUUUACUCCAUCAUCUAUGUGGCCAGAAUUCAGAUGCUCGUGGACGCCGUGUCGUGCGGCCGAUUUGAGCACAUGGCAGUUUGAGCGUCAGUUGGGCGGGGUUUCUCCAUCCGUCUGUUCAUCCAUCCAUCCCGCCCACCUGCACCGUCUCACCUGAUGAAUUCGGCUGCAGCACAUCUCAUGAACAAGUGACCUAUCACCUCUUAUUCUCUGUCGAGGCAAAAGUGAGUUUCACACGUAGAUCGUUUAGAUAAUUGGCCUGAUUCUCUGUCAGUGAAGGAACAAAAAUCACAAGAGCAGCGUGAGUGUUAAAGGUUCGAGAGGAGUCCUUUUUAAACAGAAGUUUGCCUGCCACCGCGCCGUGUGGCCCCCAGCUUCCACAACCGUGACAGUUCGUACAGGUACAGUCAAAAACAGAAACUCACCCUCUGAAAUAUGAAGCAAAAACUGUUGGCAUGACGGCAACACUAAAGUGAAUGUACCGGUCCCGCUCUAGUCUGUGGAUGUUUUCUCUCUGUACGAAUCCGUUAGGCGAGACGCAACACGGGGCCCAAGUCCUGCGUGUACGCCAGCCGCUUGGCCCUAAAUCUUCCUGACUGAGCCAAAACUCACGUGCAAAAACCCGGAGCUUUCUAUCCGCCGCUGCACCCAGCUAGAGGUGAGCGUGUACCUCAGACUUUUUGAUGGAGAGUAACGGGCGCCGUGAGAGUCGUUGCAUCGAGGUAUGGUCGUGAUUACGCCCGUGUUGACGCUAAAAAACACAGCACGCUGUGUGAGAACAAGUGCAACUCUACAACUUGUUUUCAUAUAAGUUGGGCUAUCACACGAGUUGUAGUUGCAUUUAGGAAAACGCAAAUGCAUCCUCCCAGAUCAGUCGGUCUGGAACUUUCUGUCCUGUUGUAGCAUAUCUCUGGGACUUCAAAUACAGACUUAGUGUUAGGGGGUUGAUUGUAUAUUUUUUCUUGUUUUUUUUUCUGUUUCUCUCUCUGCUAUGCCCUUAAGUGUAUGUGAAUGGUGAACUCUUAAGUUGGGUGAUUUAUAUGUAUAUCAAUGUAACUCUGAGGCCUUUUUAAUGUCUUAUUUAAGGAACAUUUCACCCCCUCUCUCCCUCUAUCUCUUUCUCUCUCUCAGUACAUUUACAUGCACGCUGUCAUGCAGUCACAGUGCUGAACGUUGCCCUGAGGAGUUCUCCUUUAAGCAGUUAGUUCUGUUAAAUGUUUCUCACCUGAACACACUGUGGCCCUCUUUACAUCUUCCAUUUAAAUGCACUCUGGGUGAUCGUUUUGCAGUCGGGUAAUGCUUGACAACAGAUGUUCCUAACGCCCAAUUUUCCUGCUGUUGAAACUAAGACAAGCAGUUGACUACUUACGAAGAAAAAAGUCAAAAUUAAUCACCAAUUAACCCCUUGAGUUUGAUU